UUAUUGACACAGGCUAACAGUUGAAAUAUGUUUGUUAAUAUAUGAGGUCCAAGCGGUUGAUAGAGCUAAAGUGAUUUAGUGCUGCGAAGCAGAGAAGACGAUUUAUUUGGAUCUGCCAGACGCUUGCGCUGAUUGCCGGAUCAUCAAGUGACUGGACUAGGGAGCUAUUUAUAGAAUCCACAGUCACGCUCCAAGCUAUAUUUAAACCAAUCAAGAAGCAGGCCUGACCUCUUGGGAGCCUUGGCUGGGUGCUAUAAAAGCCGGAGGCCAAUUCACAGCGCAGUUCAAGUUCAGAUCGAGGGCGCGCCAAUAGUUCCAUAAGAUGCAAAUUGUGUUUCUCAUUUGUGCAAUAUUCUGCGUGGCAGCUGUGCUUGGGAGUUCGGAAUCGUGUGCACCAGGCAAGCGCUGCGUGUCCUAUGAUCUGUGCAAUGAGGGGCUCCUUGUGGACGGCCACUUCUACUCCGAUCGCAGCCGCACUCUGCAGGACGAGCAGCACUGCCACUACAUGGAAAAGUGCUGCAAUGUGAACGAGACGCUUUCAGCCGGCAGCGGAUUCAACUAUAGCGAUUCACUCUCAGCUCUGCCUCAGUGUGGCGGACGCCUGGAUCUUUGGCUCCACUUGCGUCCGCUGGGCUACAAGAAGCAGGAGUCAAAGUUUGGCGAGUUUCCUUGGCUUGUGGCGAUCUAUGGAGCAGAUGGGUAUCUGUGCAGUGGCGCGCUGCUCACACCUUUAGCAGUAAUAACCGCCGCACACUGUGUCCAGGACCAAGUGGCGACUGAUCUGCGUGUGGUUGCAGGGGAAUGGGAUGCAGCAGUUCAGCUGGAGCCAUUGCCGCAUCAGGAACGAAAUGUGUCCGAACUGUUAAUCCACCCAAAUCAUACACAAUCCCCGGCAGCCCAUAAUCUGGCUCUGCUCCUGCUCGAUUCUCAGGAAGCAUUUCAGCUGACGCCCCAUGUGCAGGUGAUUUGCCUGCCACCGCCGCAGCUCAUCUACAACUACAGCCAGUGCUACGUGGCGGGCUGGCGACACUCGCAGUUCAAUGGCAAUGAGACGCUGCCCAGGCGUUGGCCUCUCUACAUUCUGCCGCGGGAUCAGUGUGGCUCCAAGCUGCGCUUGGCCAUUUUGGGCCGUCGCUAUGCGCUCAAUGAGACGCUCCUCUGUGCUGGCGGCGACAAGGACGCUAUUGUCUGCGGCGACAUGGGUGCCAUACCCCUCAUGUGCCCCCUCUCCGGCAGCAAUGAUCGUUACGUGCUCGCCGGACUGCUGGCUCGUGCCGCCCGUUGCGAUGGCCCCCAGCUGUUAAGCAUCUACUCGAACGUGAAGUUCUACAGGCGCUGGAUCGAUCAAAAGUUGAGGGAGCGCGAACUGGACAUCAGACAUUAUAUGGUUUAGAGCAGACGCAGAUCUAAGACGAAUGCACUAAGCUCAAUGAUAAAGGCUUAGCUAAUCCGUAUAAAACUUAAAGUUAAUCUUAGAGUAAAACACUGAAGACAAUAUAUAAAAAUAUAUCUCUGUUAAUAUUUGUAAAUUUUAUCUUUGCAAAUAUAUUUUAUAUUCCCACAAUUGUUCACUUUAUGGAGUAAUUAAAAGGGGACAUCAACUGGGGUUCACAUGAGGAUCAAGCCAAAAUGUUAACAAGUGUAA